AUGCAUGGUGCAGAAAAAAUGAAUUCUACUAUGAGUGAGGAGCCUGAUGCACUAUCAGUAGUUAAUCAGCUCCGAGAUCUAGCAGCUGACCCAUUGAACAGACGGGCCAUUGUUCAGGAUCAAGGAUGUCUGCCAGGUCUUAUUCUGUUUUUGGACCAUCCCAACCCUCCAGUAGUUCAUUCAGCUUUACUAGCUCUCCGCUAUUUGGCAGAGUGCCGUGCCAACAGAGAAAAGAUGAAAAGUGAAUUGGGUAUGAUGCUCAGCUUACAGAAUGUAAUACAAAAGACCACUACACCUGGAGAGACUAAACUUUUAGCUUCUGAAGUCUAUGACAUCCUUCAGUCUUCCAACAUGUCAGACAUGGACAAUGUGAAUGAGAUGAAUUAUCGUAGACGGAAAGCACAGUUUUUCCUCGGCAGCACAAAUAAGCGUGCCAAGACGGUGGUUUUGCAUAUAGAUGGCCUUGAUGAUUCGUCUCGAAGGAAUCUUUGUGAAGAAGCCUUGUUGAAAAUUAAAGGUGUUAUUAGUUUUACCUUUCAAAUGGCUGUUCAGAGGUGUGUGGUCCGAAUUCGCUCAGACUUAAAAGCAGAGGCAUUGGCAACGGCGAUAGCAUCAACCAAAGUGAUGAAGGCACAGCAAGUUGUGAAAAGUGAAAGUGGUGAGGAGAUGCUGGUUCCGUUCCAAGAUACUCCUGUGGAAGUAGAGCAGAACACAGAUCUACCUGAAUAUUUACCAGAAGAUGAAAGCCCUACUAAGGAACAGGACAAAGCUGUGUCUCGUGUUGGGUCGCACCCAGAAGGCGGAGCGAGCUGGCUCAGCACGGCAGCAAACUUUCUAUCGAGAUCUUUCUACUGGUGACUUGUGUUUGGUGUUAAAAGACUGUGUGAAUGAACCAACAGGGGGGCCAGUUUUCCGUUGGUGUGGUGAACUGCCAAGUGCAAUUUGCAAUAAAUCAUCACAAAAAAUUUUAGAUUAAGCAACUGUAUGCUGCAUUUUACAUUUUAUUGGACGCUGAGCCUGAUAGGACAGGGGUCAAAGGACAGAGGCCUCCAAUCAAAUUGUUCGUUCAUUUGGUUUUUUUCAUGUAGAUUUUAUUGCUUCACUUUUUAAAAAAGGGUCCACUGUUACACCAAACGUUUAUGCAUAUAGAGCUUUAAGUUUGACUUCACAUGAAACACGUGAUUGGGAGAAUCCAUUUAACUCGAGUCUCAGGGCCUCUGUGAAAGAAAAUUUAGCUCUACUUGUGCAUUGAAUAAAACUCCCUUUAUAUUUCUGCAUCCCUUUGGCCUAAUGUUAUUUUGCUUAAUUUUUAUUGACUUUGACUCCAGAAAAAAAAAUAUAGUCUGCCUCUUUUUUUUUUUUUUGCCUUUAUUUUUGCCAGCCAUGUUCACAGCAUGAGCACGACGUUCCCCACUUGCUAUUAAACUAGAAUCACUACAGACUUGAAAUUUAUAACCCUUUUAUGUAUUUUUUUUUUCCAGCCUGCCCUUAACCAUUGGAGUGCUCGAGGUUAAGAAAUAAGGGAUUGAAUAAACACGGAUAUGUAUACAUACAUUGUACAGUAAAUAAACUAGAACAUAUUUGUAAUGAAGGGUGUGACUGACUGA